AUGCUCUUCGUAUGGCGCUUUGUGCGGCCUUCACUGCUCCAGACCUAUUGCCACUCACCGUCCGGAUCUUGGGCGCUUGUGACAGGCAGCAGCGACGGUAUAGGCCGUGGCUUCGCUGAAGAGCUUCUGGACCGCGGCUUCAACGUCCUACUGCAUGGUCGCAACGCAGAGAAGCUGCAACGACUACAGUCUGAGCUGGCAGAGCACUUCCCUAAGCGCACGGUCGAUUCCGUGGUUGCUGAUGCUGGAAGCUAUGAUCGGCCGGAGCGGACUGUCGUGGACAAGGUGAAAUCCUUACCCGGGCAACUAACGAUCCUAGUAAACAAUGUUGGCGGUGUUCAUUCGUCUCCGGCACACACCGCAUUCACGGAGGUCACGGAUAUCGACAACCAGAUCAACGUCAACCUGCGCUUUCCCACGCAGCUCACCCAGGCCUUACUACCGACACUCAAAGCUAACAAGCCAGCACUCAUCUUGAACUGCGGCUCUGCGGCAGGCGUUAUAGGCUUACCUUACACCGUCGUAUACAGCGGCACUAAAGCUUAUAACCAUACUUUCACCCAAGCCCUUCACGCGGAGCUCAUCGCAGAAGGCAUGGACAAGGACAUCGAGGUCAUGGGUUUCAUCAUCGCCAAUACGGAAUCGAAUAGUAAUCGAGUCGCUCAGCCAGACUUCUUCACGCUGACAUCCAGAGACUGUGCCGCUGGAUGUCUUGACCGGGUCGGCAGUGGCAACGUGCUCGAAUACCCUAGUUGGAAGGUGGGAUUGCAAUUGCGCGUUGUGGCAAUGCUGCCGGAAAGGGUGCGACGGAAUACGAUAAUCGACAUUAUGAGGGAGAGAGUGGAGGAGGAAAGGGCGACGUUGAAGUCGCAGUAA